AUGGACCCUGAGCACCAACGGCAAGCCGACCAACGGACUCAACCGGCGAAAGAACCAUCAGCACCAUCAGUCUCGAGCGUCUCGCCUUAUACUCAGGACCAAGCUUCCUCCUCUCCUGGCACAACAUCCCCGGCCUCCUACUACUCCCCAGACUCUUCUUUCACACCCGCGAACGGCCUGUACUCGCAACGACCGUUGCCAACAGACUUUCCUCCUCCACCAGUAACAAGUACUGCCAUCCCCUCAUCCCCCGGAACUUCAAACCCAUGGCAACACCAUCACUACAUCAGCACCAGCAGCGCCUCGGCCUUCCCACAGUCCCAGGACCGCUAUAUCUGCUCGACCUGCAACAAGGCGUUCUCGCGGCCCAGCAGUCUCCGCAUUCACAGCCAUAGCCAUACCGGGGAGAAGCCGUACAAGUGCCCGCAGCCCGGAUGCGGGAAGGCAUUUAGUGUUCGGAGCAAUAUGAAGCGACAUGAGCGCGGUUGCCAUGCUGCGGCUAAUGCUAUUGCUGUAUCAUGA